ACAUUCAAACUCCUUUUCCAUCCACAACACCAUCAUUUCAAACCUCUCUCUCAUUACAGAAAAUGCCAUUAACUUUUUCUUACAGAUUCCUCUCUUUCUUUCUUUUCCUUUCCAUUUCUUCACCUUUCUCAUACGCAUCAUCUCCUACCAGCCUGCCAAAACUGCAAGCAGAACAUUUUAUAAGAGGGUUUAACUUGUUUCCUAAGCACUCAAUCAAUCUCCCAAUCAAUGAUGAAUCCUCGGUAACUGUUCCUGAAAUUGUUGAAAAACCAUUAAAAUUGAAUCUUCUUGGUGAUUCAGGGUUAGGGCCCUCUGUUCAAGACUUAGGACACCAUGCAGGGUACUACAAGCUUCCUCAUACUAAAGCUGCAAGGAUGUUCUAUUUCUUGUUCGAAUCGCGGAAUAGCAAGAAUGAUGAUCCUGUUGUUAUCUGGUUGACUGGGGGGCCUGGAUGCAGCAGUGAAUUGGCAUUGUUCUAUGAAAAUGGACCUUUCCAAAUUGCAAAUAACCUGUCUCUUUCGUGGAAUGAUUAUGGUUGGGAUAAGGCAUCGAACCUCAUAUUUGUUGACCAGCCAACUGGAACUGGAUUCAGUUUUACGACAGAUGAUAAUGAUAUACGACAUGAUGAAGUUGGUGUUAGCAAUGACUUGUAUGAUUUCUUGCAGGCAUUCUUCAAACAGCAUCCGGAAUUGGUUAAAAAUGAUUUUUACAUUACUGGAGAAUCUUAUGCUGGUCACUACAUCCCUGCUUUCGCUGCCAGGGUUCACCGGGGAAACAAAAACAAGGAAGGAAUUCAUAUAAACCUCAAGGGAUUUGCCAUUGGCAAUGGUCUAACAAAUCCUGGAAUCCAGUACAAAGCGUACACAGAUUAUGCAUUGGAUAAUAGCUUAAUUCAACAAUCUGAUUAUGAGCGGAUUAACAAGAUGAUUCCAGAAUGUGAGCAGGCAACCAAAGCUUGUGGAACGAAUGGUGGAUAUUCUUGUGAAUCUGCUUUUAGCGUGUGCAACGACAUAUUCAAUGCGAUCUUGCAAGUUGCUGGAGACAUAAAUUACUAUGACAUCAGAAAGACAUGUGAUGGGCAAUUAUGCUAUGACUUCUCAAACCUGGAGACUUUCCUUAACAAGAAAACAGUUAGGGAUGCUCUAGGGGUUGGAGAGCUUGAAUUUGUUUCAUGCAGCAGUGAGGUUUAUGAUGCUAUGGUAACGGACUGGAUGAGGAAUCUUGAAGUGGGAAUCCCUGCUCUCCUUGAGGAUGGUAUCAAAGUACUUAUCUAUGCUGGCGAGAAAGAUCUCAUAUGCAACUGGCUAGGAAAUUCGAGGUGGGUUCAGGCAAUGGAAUGGUCUGGCCAGAAAGAAUUUGGAGCAUCUCCAGAUGUUCCAUUUAUUGUCGAAGGUGAAGAAGCAGGACAACUCAAAUCCCAUGGCCCUCUCACUUUUCUCAAGGUUCAUGAGGCUGGGCACAUGGUUCCAAUGGAUCAGCCAAAAGCUGCAUUACAGAUGCUGAAAAGCUGGAUGCAAGGGAAGCUUGCUCCGACAAAAAUUGAAGAUGAGAUUUAUCCCGAGUGACAGUCUCAUUCACACAUGCCACCCUUUUCUAAGCAUGGUCCAACAGUCUCACGUCUAUAGUUUUUGGGGUUCUGUAUGUUCUGACACUCUGGGUUCUGUUACUUUGUUGAUAUCAUUCUCAACUUCUCCACAGAUAUAAAAUGAAAAAUUUUAAGGACUUUCUA